GCCUUAUCUAACACACUGCUUACUCUCCUAGCAGAAAACACAAACGAACCUUGUUGGCAAGGAGGUUAGAAAGCUUUGUCAACGUCUUGAAAUAUCUUCCUCAUAGUCAAUAUGGUCCAGUGUAAUAUUGAAAACUUCAACAAAAUAUGCAGUAGCAUUAAAGUAACAAAGUCCAAUUCAGUUGAUGUGAAGAAAAUUCCUGUUUUGCAACACAAAACUCACGAUGGCAGUGUGCCUGGAUUUUCUUCCUCACUUGUCACUCUUGCUAAGACAAACAAUAAACAGUUGCUUGGUAACACCUUGGAAGAACAAGCACUAGUCCGCCAAUGGAUGGAUUACGCUGCAUCUAGCGCCAAUUAUGUAGAUGUACCUCAUGUUUCCAAGCAAAUUUUAAAGGAUGUUAAUGCCACUUUGGCGGAUCGAACUUAUAUUGCUGGCAAUUUUAAGUCUCUGGCUGACAUAGUCCUUUACCAUCUCUUAUUCAAAACUGUGAGUAACUUCACAUUCCAAGAGAAGGAGCAGUUCGUUCAUCUUUCCCGAUGGUACAAUAAUUUGCAGCAAGACAAUAAUAUCCGUGGUUCUAAUGCGUCUGUAACUUUCAGUAGAACUCUCUUGUAUUGAAUCAGCCUUAAGUUUAUUAUUUAUCAAAUUUGUGAAAACCUGUGGAAUCCAUGAAGUAAUAAGGGCAAACAGUAAGAAAUUCUUGGCCCAGACACAAAAUUAGGUGGGCACACGAGGUCAAAACAUUAAAUUAAUACUAAGCGAAGAAAGAUUCUGAAAUUUGUGGAAAACGCACCGUCAAGAUAUUAUGCAAAGUGCACAAUAAAAGAUUAAAUUGAAGUCUA